GGUCCCGGAAGGAGCUGCCUUGGCAAAGUCCACAGGGGCCGCGGGGCCUCCGUCGCCCCUAAACCAGGCCAACGACUGGGCUCCGGGGUCUUCUUGGUUCCCAGUCAGUGGUGGCCACCGGGGUCGGGGGCAUCCGGCAGUUCCCGUGAUUUGUUCCGCAGGCAAGAGGAGCGGAAAGAGAAAGACCUGCCCCGGAAAUUACCCGGGAGACCCCAGCGGAAGCCGCAGAGCGCCUGCAGGGAACCCGCGGACUCGGGCGCCCACCUGCGGCGCCCCACCAGGCCGUUGCCCGCCCAAACCAAUACGAAGCCAUCUGUCCUGGGCCCUGUCCCCACGGGUCAGCCACCUGCUAGGACAGGUGACAUGCGGUCGUCCUGCCCUACACGGCCCCUCUAUAAGGCCCCUGAAGUGCGUGCUUGUGAACCAGCCCGAAGAUGCGGUGCGGACUUGCCCUGCGAAGAUCCAAAGAGCUCCCUCUGGGACCAGGCUCUCAUUUCCAAGUCGACAGCCAGCUGGCCUGAGGUUUCCUCCCGUGAUGUUCCCCCGUCGGCCAGGAAGACACUGGCCCUGGGUCCUGUGUGUCACCACCAGGCACAAGCCAAGCAUCCUCCUGUGGACUCAAAGCCCCACCCACAGCCUGCCACGGGAACACAUGGCCAGAGCUCCAAAGUCAGCAUCCAGGCACAGGGGAAGAGGUCUCCCCAGGUCCCCAUGCAGCCUUCCCAGAACCCUCCAAAGAAAGCAAGAUUCAACUUCUUCUAACCCCCCUCCCAGGUGGGUCUCAGUGACCUGGUCUGGGGGUUGUCCCGGUCUCAGCUUCCCCCCAGUAUCCAAACAGAUACCUCAAGUGACCGGGAAGAUACCGGUCCUAAUGCCCAGUCUUGAACGCCAGGCUCCACCUGACUCACCUGGUCUGAGCCCCGUUCAGACCUGUGCUGUCCCCUAACCCUGACCACCCAGGCAUGUUCCAGGCCAGCAGGGGCGAGGAUGGGACAUGAGAUGGGACAGGGUGUGGCAGGGCUCCAGGUUUUCCACUGUUCCUGUCUCCCUCUGGAGAAGUCUCCACCCGCUGGUCAGAGCCCUCCCAUCUCAGAGGCCUCGGAGAGACAGGUUCCCGGUGUUCCACUGAGAGGACCUCCUGGUCUCUUCCCCUGCUGAGAAUGACUGAGUGUGACCAAUGUCCCACCCUGGAAGUGGCUGAAAGGUGGGAAAAGAGGCAGGAACAUCUGUGUCCCUUGAGUCGGCAUUUCUGCCGGUGGUGCCUGUGCACCUGCUGGGGCUCCAGGUGACACUGUGGGUCACCGGACAGACAUCACCUUUACAUUUUGUACAUUUAAGUCAUGGUGGGAAUGGAGCGUAUGAAAUUGUCAUGGGUAGUCCUUUGUAAAUCAGAUGUUAUUUAAGAAACUAAGUCAACAAGGGGAAGCUAUGUUGUACCCUAACAUGAAUAGAAAGCUAUUAAUUCAUCUGUGUGGGUGGAUAAAUGACUAGUAUUUGGGUAACUGGGGAAAAGGCCUCUCUGUGAUGGUGGAGAAGGCCUGAACCCUCCGGAAGAGUGCCCUCUCCUGGUUAUCGAGAUUUUGACUUUGAAGGAAUUUCAGUGGAAAUUCUCCUUGCCUUGGGGAAAUGGGAAUAUUCUUUUAACCUUGCACAUUUUGUUAUUAAAAAUGGUUGCAAUGUUAUGUUUGACUACUUUCUUUCAAUAUGAAUAAAAUUGUCUGAAAUGGAACGUG